GUUACGGAUUGUUAUGCUGGACCGAAAUAAACGCUGCUGAUAAGGUGAAAGCGUAUAGGUAAAAAAAAGGUAAAUUUCUCAGUUUCACGGCAGAUUUAAUAGAAAACGUCCCUUGUGAACAAGUCCAAUACAAAAAAAAAGAAAAAACUGUCCUGAGGGCCGGCGUUUUUUCAUUCAAUUAAGAGACAAAAGUUUGAAAAUACAGACAUACGCGACGUGUAGUUCAGGUCCGCGAAUCCACCGAUGUUCUUUCAUGAUAAUGUAACUGUUAAUGAGCCCAAUUUAGUUCCUGCAAAAACUUGUCAUCAGGACAAUGAGUCUGAGACCCAGGCUGUGAGGCAGAAGCACUCAAGCCAUCCAGCUGAAUUAAGCUCCGGCAGUAACAUGAAUUUGACAGAGAUCUGCGACAAUGCCAAGAGAGCACGAGAGUACGCCCUCCUGGGGAACUAUGACUCCUCCAUGGUGUACUACCAGGGUGUGGUGCAGCAGAUCCACAAACACUGCCAGUCUCUCAGAGACCCUGCGCUGAAGGUCAAAUGGCAACAGGUGAGGCAACAGCUGGUAGAAGAGCAUGAUCAGGUGAAGGGUAUUGUUAGCACUCUGGAGAGCUUUAAGGUGGACAAGCCAAUGGACUUCCCAACCCCCCAGCCAGAGGAGAGUCCAGCAGACCCCACGGUCUGGCCGCCACCCAUUCCAGCUGAGCACAGGGCUCCUGGCCAGUUAAAAAGACUUAACACUGCGAUAAAGCACCAGCGAAAAGAAUCCCUCGGAUCCCAGCACCGAGGAGCAGUAGGCCGGGUGCAGCCCCACCUCAAGGCAGACAAGGCGUGGCCCAGGGAUGGAAGCAAGUGUGCCAGAGAUGGUGAUGACAAGGGUAAGAAGAACCCUCAGGAGGCAGCCAAGGAAGGUGAGCUGAAGAGGUUUGACAGCACAGGCUAUGACAGUGACCUAGUUGACGCCCUCGAGAGGGACAUUGUGUCUCGGAAUCCCAAUGUCCACUGGGAUGACAUUGCUGAUCUGGAGGAUGCCAAGAAGCUGCUGAGGGAGGCUGUGAUGCUGCCCAUGUGGAUGCCAGACUUCUUCAAGGGCAUCCUGCGACCUUGGAAGGGGGUUUUGAUGGUGGGACCCCCAGGCACUGGAAAGACCAUGCUGGCAAAGGCUGUAGCCACUGAAUGUGGAACCACCUUCUUCAAUGUCUCUUCUUCUACACUCACCUCCAAGUACCGGGGGGAGUCAGAGAAACUGGUGCGACUGCUGUUUGAAAUGGCCCGUUUUUAUGCUCCGACCACAAUCUUCAUCGAUGAGAUUGAUUCCAUCUGCAGCCGCAGGGGCACUUUGGAUGAGCAUGAGGCUAGCCGGCGGGUCAAGUCUGAGUUGCUGGUUCAGAUGGAUGGUGUUGGAGGAGCAAUGGAGAAUGAUGACCCCUCCAAGAUGGUGAUGGUUCUGGCCGCAACCAACUUUCCCUGGGACAUUGAUGAAGCUCUGAGGCGAAGGCUGGAGAAAAGAAUUUAUAUUCCUCUGCCCACAGCCAAAGGACGGGCAGAGCUAUUGAAGAUCAACCUGCGUGAGGUGGAGGUGGCGCCUGAUGUGGACCUGGCCAUCAUUGCUGAGAAAAUCCAAGGUUACUCAGGGGCAGACAUCACCAAUGUGUGCAGGGAUGCCUCCAUGAUGGCCAUACGGCGGCACAUCGAGGGUCUGGCACCUGCAGAGAUCCGUGCCUUGUCUAAGGAUGCAUUGAAAAUGUCUGUCACUAUGGAGGACUUUGAGCUCAGCCUUAAGAAGAUCUCUAAAUCUGUUUCUACUGCUGAUUUGCAGAAGUACGAGUCCUGGAUGGCUGAGUUUGGGUCAGCAUAGCUUCAGGCUGGCUUUUUAUCCCUAGCCACUGUACCCUGCAGUGAUGCCCAGAAUGUUGACUUUCACACAUGCAUAUUAUCCUACCAAACACCCUUCCUUAAACAUCCCGGAUGUUACUUGAAAAGGAGAACUUUUCCCAACUUGCUGACAUAUGCAGCCUAAAUAGAUAGCCAUGCAUUAAGACACUCAAAAGAAAUGUAGGAUAAAAGUCAAAAGAGGUACAGGAGGUUUCAGACCUGAUUCUCUUUAUUACACAGUGCUAUAGUUGGAACAUUUUAGGAUUUUUGUGCAAAGGUGUCAAUUAUAUCUUUUAUAUAAAACCCAGCUCUCACAGUUUUUAGCAAGCGGUUAACAAAUCAACCAGUUAAGACAAGCCCCACUGAAAUGAAAGUCCCAAGAAUAUAUGAUUCAUACGUCAAUUUACAUAGAAACUUUUUGAACCCUGCAAAAAUAAAUGAAGAAAAAUGUAAGAAAAAUGUAAAUGUGAGAUUGAAGUGAAUAAGAGAUUUCAUGUUUUAAUAUACAGUACAUAUUAGUGGUGGAAUAUCGUGGGAAUAUCAUGGGAUCCACAAUAUAGAUAAAUUAUAAAAGAGUUUUGUAUACUGUACAUUUUUUCAUUAAUUCCAACAAUUAAUAUCCAUUUACACUGAUUUAUGUAAUUUUUAUUAGACAUCAUCACCCCUGCAUGUGCUAGAAAUCUGUUGAAUAUUAUGAAAGAAAACAUAGACUGGGAGGAAUACCCAUAAUAAAAUGCUGGGCAAUUUCA